CCAUUCCAGCCCUCGACCUCGGCACGGUGGGUCAACACCCUAUUCUUCACCAGUCUCGUUCUCAGUCUCGCUGCCGCCCUGCUCGGCAUCCUCGUCAAGCAAUGGGUGCGCGAGUACAUGCAGUGGAACUCGCCUCUCGCAACACCGCGAGAGAACAUCAUGGUGCGGCAGUUCCGCCUCGAGGCAUGGGAGACGUGGAACGUCUCGGCGAUUGUCUCGACGGUGCCGGCGCUGCUCGAGGUCGCGAUGAUUCUCUUCCUCAUUGGCAUGAUCAUCCUGCUCUGGAUCUUGGAUGACGUCGUGGCAAUUUGUUUGACGGCUGCGACAGCGAUGUUCCUGCUCGUGGUCGCCGUCUUCACUGUCCUUCCUGUAUUCUCACGCCGAUGCCCGUACAAGUCUCCGACGGCAUGGGCGGUCAUGGCAGCU